AUGUUGAGGACAAGUCUUCUAUUAAUAUGGCUUCCCACCGCUGUCCUCGCUAAUAUACUCCCACCUGAUGAACUCCUCGGGCCCCAGUGUGGGGCCACUCGAUGUCUGGCACAAGGGCUAGCUGACUGCGUGGAUGGCGAAUGUGUCUGCCAAGGAAACAAUGUCAAAGGACUGGGAAACUUCGUCUGCGUCCGGGAAGACGAGGACUUUGCUGUCAUAUUCAACGACCCGAUGGUGCGAGACUUUAGCGGCGGCCACACGAAGAUCCCCUUGGUGUGCAAAUUUCUGGCAACGCACAUCUCCACACGAGCUUGCACGGGCAGCACUCCGGAUAAUGUAGAGACCGUCAAUGGGAUGUGUGAUUUCAGGUUCUUUGCUUGGGGCAGACGGCGGCUGGGGAAGACAUUCAUCCGAGGUAUCCAGGUCAACGUGAUGCUGUGGGUGGGCAACGACACCUAUUUCCACGCCUCUCGUCUGGAGACUGAAGCUGUCAAUGGCGUAUACACGUAUACAGAAGAUGGCAACAGGAACUCUUUUGGCGCGCCACCAUUCGGCGAUCCAGUAGUCACCAGUGUCCCGAGUUUAGGCAGCAUCUACACUCAAUACGACCACAUCAGCAAUUUUGCUCGAAUUAUAGCGCAGCCGUGCGGGAUUGAAGUUGGAAUCAGGGGCGUGGAACAGAUUGGAAGCCCAUUGGAACAUCCACCAGGAGUGUAUAUAAAAGUGCUGAAAGCUUGCG